AAAAGGGACCCAUCCCCUCUUUUGCCUGUUUAUCGCAUCCUAUUGCUCUCCUCUGCUCGGCCGGCGAAGGGAAGGGGAUCGAAUCGAAAUCGAAGCGAAGCAGAGGGGCGGCGAUGCAGAUCCGCGUGCAGUGCGGGUGCGGCGAGUCGUCGUGCCCGGAGUGGGCCGUCGUGGAGCUGCAGGGCGUGGUGCAGCCGCAGGCCUCCUUCGCCGGCGACAUCCGCGGACUCCACAUCGGCCGCCUCUGCUCCGCCCCCUCCCCGUCCUCAUCUUCCAAGGCAGGGUACACCUUCACGGUUGGGUACCACGAGCUCGCCGGGACCAAGGUGACGCUCAAGAAGCCCCUGCUGGUGCUCCGGAAGAAGAAGGUGAAUGCUGGUUGUGGGGAACAAGAGCCACCGGCGGCGGCGGAGGAGGUGGAGCUGGAGGUGAUUGGCAUCAUCCGGCACAAGAUCCUCUUCAAGGACCGUCCCAAGGCCCUCAUCUCAAAGCCGCCAACCAAGGAGAAGAAGACCGUGCAGCCAGCAGCAAAGUGACGCCACGCCAGCAACUUCAUGCCCCUUGAGAAUCUGAAGCUCCCUUGGUUUGGCUGUGUGUUCCCUGAAUAUUGCCACUGUUCUAGUUAUGACUGGUUUGGUUGAUACGUUGUCCGUUGUACAAGUUUAACGAUGUUUCCUCCAAAAAAAAAGAGGUUAAGGAUGUUCACUUGUAUUGUCUGUUUCUUUCUUGGUGUUUAAAGUCUGAGUCAUUGCAAUAUUCCCAUGUCACCGUCAGCAUUGAAUCGCA